GCUGUGCAUUUCGCCCAGCGGAAGACUAGCUAACGGCCACUUUUCUGCAAGUAGUCUACAAAAACCAUGGCUAUUUCUAGGCUAUUGUGGCUAUUCGUCGUGUGUCAAAUAUUCCGUCCCAGUUUAGCAACCGAUCUUCAUCCUACGGAUAUCUUUAUUCUAGCAGGCCAAAGCAACAUGGCCGGCAGAGGCGGUACCGAUAAUGGCAAAUGGAAUGGCAUUAUCCCGCCGCAGUGCAGGCCCAAUCCAUCAAUACUUAGGCUAAGUGCUCAACUCAAAUGGGAAGUUGCGCGCGACCCACUCCAUGCAGACAUUGAUGUUGGCAAAACUUGUGGUGUUGGUCCAGGGAUGGCAUUUGCCAAUGGGGUCAAGGCUAAUGAGUCGAGGAUCGGCGUAGUGGGUCUGGUACCUUGUGCAGUUGGUGGGACUAAAAUCAGUGAGUGGACUCGAGGAACGAGGUUGUACAACAAGUUGGUGAGUCGAGCUAACGGUUCAGCGAGGUAUGGUGGAAGAAUUAGAGCGAUUUUGUGGUAUCAGGGAGAGAGUGAUACGGUGUGGAGAAAGGAUGCUGAGGCUUACAAGGGGAAUAUGGAAAGGCUUAUUGGAAGCUUGCGUUCUGAUCUUAACAUUCCAUAUGUUCCUGUAAUUCAGGUAGCGUUGGCUUCAGGAGAAGGUAGAUUCAUAGAGUUGGUGAGAAGAGCUCAGCUAGCAAUCAAGCUGCCUAAUGUGAAAUGCAUAGAUGCCAAGGGAUUGCCUCUCAAAACAGAUCACCUGCAUCUUACUACCGCGUCUGAGGUUCAUCUUGGUCUCAAGUUGGCUCAUGCCUUUAUUACUUCUUUCGGCUAUAUGCUCUCUAAUUAAAUGGUAAUGAUAUAACAGGUUUCUGGGGUGGUAAUUAAACAUUUCAGGAGCAAGCUCCAUUCUUUAACCAUUGUAGUAUUUGCAGCACAAAGAUGAUGAGUUUUGAGUUGAUAUAAUUUACAAUCAAUUUCAUGA